CUUGAUUACAAAAUAUUAUAUAUCGAUCGACCAUUUUGAGAGAUCCAAAUGGCACUGAGGAAUAUAUUCCAUCGCUGGUUUCUUCCUUAGUUGUUCUUCUUUUCUUCUUUAUAUCUACCAUGGCUUCCUUGCUAGAGAGAGUUUUCGGCUCUGAAAUCUCUUCGUUUAUAUACCGUUGUUUUAUCUAUCAAGAUCAUCAUAACAAAGGCAUCCAUCAUAAGAAGUUCAACAUGCCAAAGAAGGCUCGACCACUUUCCUUGCAGACCGUUGAGCUGAAAGUAAGGAUGUGCUGCACUGGCUGCGAGAGAGUUGUUAAAAACGCCAUAUACAAGCUCAAAGGCAUUGAUUCAGUGGAGGUUGACUUGGGAAUGGAAAGGGUAACAGUUGGAGGGUAUGUGGAUCGGAACAAGGUCCUUAAGGCCGUGAGAAGGGCAGGGAAAAGGGCAGAAUUCUGGCCUUACCCUAAUCCACCACUUUACUUCACAACUGCUGACAAUUACUUCAAAGACACCACCCAUGAGUUCAAAGAAAGCUAUAACUACUAUAGACAUGGCUACAACCUCCCAGAGAGGCAUGGCACCUUUCAUGUCUCUCACCGUGGAGAUGACAACGUUAGUAACAUGUUCAAUGAUGAUAAUGUCAAUGCUUGCUCUAUCAUGUAAUUGUAAUUAUUAUUACUAUAUAUAUCCUUGUUAUAUAUAUGUGUGUGCUAGCUAGCUAUUAGGGAAAACUAGUCCCAUCAUGACAAUAUGUAAAUUUGCAGUAGCAAUAACUCCUAUGUGUAUAUGGUUAAAAAUUAAAGAUAUAUGUGUUAUACAUA